CAUGAAAUUUUAUAUAUAAGUACUCAAAAGCAUCUUCCUUUAUUUUUAGCUUCUCAUCACCACCUCCUUAACCCUUUGAUCCCUCUCUUCUUUCUUUCUUUCUUGCUUUCUUGCUUUUUCUUUCUCUCUUCUAUGUUCAACUCAACCACAAACAAAACACACACACAAUCUCUCUCUAACUUGUUGAAGUGAUUCUCUUCACUAUUCUCUCCCUAAAAACCUUUCAACCUUUACAAAAGAUAAAGCUCUUCAAGAGGAAUAACCAUGGUUUAUACUUCUCUCCCACCAUAUAUGGAUCCAGCCAAUUGGCAUCAACAGCAACCAAAUCAUCAAGUUGCCAACACUAGUGUUAACACUCCUCUACUUAUUCCACCACCACAGCCUCCACCAUCGAACCUGACACCAUCGCAACCUCAUGGAGGCUCGAUCAGGCCAGGUUCGAUGGCAGAUAGGGCAAGGAUGGCAAACAUACCUAUGCAAGAGCCUUUACAAAAAUGUCCAAGGUGUGAUUCCACCAACACAAAGUUUUGCUACUUCAACAACUACAGUCUCUCGCAGCCGCGACACUUCUGCAAGGCUUGUCGAAGGUAUUGGACAAAGGGUGGUGCCCUUAGAAGUGUCCCGGUUGGCGGUGGUUGCCGAAGAAACAAAAGGUCUAAAUCAAGCAGCAACAACACCUCCAAGUCGCCGGCUAGCUCAGACCGCCAAACUAGCUCUACAAACAACUCUCCUGCCGUACUCAGUUCCCCAACGCCACCACCGAUGAGAUUCAUGGCUCCUUUGCAUCAUCUUGGAGAUCACCUCAGUGAAAUAGGACUAAACUAUGGUUUUUCUGGUCCAAUGGGAGGUGUUGGAGACUUAAAUUUCCAUAUCGGAAGCUCUUUAGGUGGAGGCGUUGGUAACGGUGGUGGUUCCGCUUCGAUUUUACCUGUUAGUAAUUUUGAGCAAUGGAGGAUGCCACAAACUCAUCAAUUUCCCUUCUUGUCAACUUUAGAAGCUUCUUCUUCACAUGGAUUGUUGUAUCCAUUUGAAGGUGGUGGUAACGGUGGUGGUGCUAAUGAUCAAGGCCAUGCAUAUGGUGGUGUGUCUAAGGUAUUAUCAAAUAAUUCUAGUGUGAAAAUGGAAGAGAAUCAAUCUAGACAAUUCUUGGGAAUGAUCAACAACAACAACAACAACAACAAUAAUAAUCCUAAUAGUGAACAAUUUUGGAGUUCUUCUGCUGGUGGUGGUGCUAAUAAUUCACCUUGGACAGAUCUUUCUACAGCUUAUAACUCUUCUUCAGCUACUACAAAUUCCAACUAUAGGACAUAGCUUUAUUAUGCUCUCUUUUGAAAUCUAUGUUUUCUUUGUUCUUCCCUAUUAUUAUUAUUAACCCCAAGACAAAGUUUCAAACUACACAUAUAUGGUUUAGUACUUUGAUUUAUUUUAAGAUAGAAUGAAAACCCUAGGGAUGUUACUUAGAUUCUUAUUUUUCCACUUUUGAAGUUUUAAUCUUUAUAUUUUUAUGUUUCAUUUUCUUUCUUUUUUUUACUUUAAUUUUUCUUCUAAUUAUUAGGUCUAGGUUAUGGUCUGUAUGAGAAUGUUUACUAUAAGGAAUAUUAAUAUUGUGAGUUGAAAAUUAAGAAUGAAUAUUAUUGUAGUA